ACCGUGGCACGCGUCACGCUUGGCUCGCGUGCGUGUAUUCAAUUCGCAUCGUCGUAGGCUCUGUCAUAACCUACGAUACACACAAUGAAUGGAGAGAAUCUGUCCGGAUAAUCGUUUUUGAAGUUCGCGAUGACGGCUAACUAUUAUUUCGCGAUCGUCGGGCACACCGACAAUCCUUUAUUCGAAAUUGAAUUCAACAAUUCCGGGAAAGAUGCGAAGAAGGAAGAUUACACACAUUUAAACCAAUUCAUUGCACAUGCUGCAUUAGAUCUCGUCGAUGAACACACAUGGAAAACAACGAAUAUGCAUUUGAAAGUCGUGGACAAGUUUAACCAGUGGUACGUCAGUGCUUUCGUUACAGCGACCCAUAUCAGAUUUGUCAUGGUACACGAUAGCAAAAACGAAGAUGGCAUAAAGAAUUUCUUCAAUGAAAUGUAUGAAAUGUACAUAAAGUAUUCGAUGAAUCCAUUUUACAAGUUAAACACGCCUAUCAAGUCCGUCGGCUUUGAGAAAAAAGCACAGUUGUACGGAAGGAAAUACCUCUCAUCAUAAACUCAUGUAAUGUAAAACUACUGUAAUAUAAAAUGUAUUUACACAUCUAGUACGUAAGUAAAUUUACAGAUAUUGUUCUCAUCAGUAACUAAUUUGUAAAUAAAAACCUCAAGCUUCCUUCAAUAGAGAAA